AUGCAAAGAGGUGGGCACGGUCGUAACGUAGGGAACGGGUUGAAAGGCAUCACUCACAUUGAUUUGAAUGAAUUUGUACGGAACGCUCGAGGGCUAGCACGAGCGCUCUCCACCACCACCCUGCAUAUUCACGAGCAGUUACAGGGAGGCCUGCCAGAGCCGUGCUGGGCUUCCGUUCCCUCCAGCACACGGAGAGCACACACGGAUCUGCUGGCUGCCAGGCUUCCCUCCAUCUCCAACUUAAUGCUGGUCGCUUCAGCCCAGCCAAAACAGCAGAUGCUCAAAUGUCGGAGUUCCUUCCCCACAGCCGCCGGCUCACAGAGAAGCUGCAAGAUUCAGCCUCCAAAAAACAAGCAAGACGGCAUGAGACGUCACGACCGCUUUGGAGGAGACAUCACGAGCCAGAGCGGAGCAGUGCGCACAUUUAGCGAGAAACCAACAGUAUUACAAAUCAGGCUCUAA